UCCAACGUCCCUUACUCUCUCUCUCUCGCUCGCCGCCGACGCUUACAACAAUGGCGUCUCUCGCUCUCUCCGGCUCCUGCUCACUCGCCUUCCCACUCAAAUCCCGCUCCCUCCUCCUCCCUCGUCGUCCUUCCUCUCUCAAUCUGCUGAAAAAACCUCUUCGAUCUACCGAAUCACGCUUCUCCUCAGCGAUAUCUCCACUCACCAAGAGAUCGACACUCGUCAAAGCCUCCUCCACCGCCGCAGCAGCAGCAGCUUCCUCAUCCUCCUCCUCUCCGGCUCCCGUAUCUCCGGCGCCGUGGCAGGGAGCCGCGAUCAAGCCUCUCCUCGCGUCGAUCGCCACCGGAGUGAUCGUAUGGUUCCUCCCCGUCCCCGAGGGAGUCACGCGCAGCGCGUGGCAGCUCCUCGCGAUCUUCCUCGCCACCAUCGUCGGUAUCAUCACCCAGCCGCUCCCCCUCGGCGCCGUGGCUCUCCUCGGACUCGGCGCCUCCGUCCUCACCAAGACCCUGACCUUCGCCGCCGCCUUCUCCGCCUUCGGAGAUCCGAUCCCCUGGCUCAUCGCCCUCGCCUUCUUCUUCGCCCGAGGAUUCAUCAAGACCGGCCUCGGCAACCGCGUCGCCUACCAGUUCGUCCGCCUCUUCGGGAGCUCAUCCCUGGGGCUAGGCUACAGCCUCGUCUUCAGCGAGGCUCUAUUAGCUCCCGCCAUCCCUUCCGUCUCGGCUCGCGCCGGCGGGAUCUUCCUCCCGCUCGUGAAAUCGCUCUGCGUGGCCUGCGGCAGCAACGUCGGGGACGGGACCGAGCACAGGCUCGGCUCGUGGCUGAUGCUCACUUGUUUCCAGACGUCGGUGAUCUCUUCGUCCAUGUUUCUGACGGCCAUGGCGGCGAAUCCGUUGAGUGCGAAUCUGGCGUUCAACACGAUUAAGCAGACGAUUGGGUGGACUGAUUGGGCGAAAGCUGCGAUUGUCCCCGGGAUUGCGUCGUUGAUUGUUGUUCCGUUUCUUUUGUAUCUUAUCUAUCCGCCGACGGUGAAGAGCAGCCCUGAUGCUCCCAAGCUGGCUCAGGAGAAGCUUGAUAAGAUGGGACCUAUGUCCAAGAACGAGUUGAUUAUGGCUGCCACUUUGUUUCUCACCGUUGGUCUCUGGAUUUUUGGAGCUAAGCUGAGUGUAGAUGCUGUGACUGCAGCCAUUCUUGGAUUAUCAGUGCUUCUAGUGACAGGUGUUGUGACAUGGAAAGAGUGCUUAGCUGAGUCAGUUGCAUGGGACACGCUCACUUGGUUUGCUGCUCUCAUUGCAAUGGCGGGUUAUCUUAACAAAUACGGUCUCAUUGAGUGGUUCAGCCAGACCGUUGUCAAGUUUGUGGGAGGAUUGGGUUUGUCAUGGCAACUAUCGUUUGGAAUCCUCGUCCUUUUGUACUUCUACACUCACUACUUCUUUGCGAGUGGAGCGGCUCACAUUGGGGCUAUGUUCACUGCAUUUUUGUCGGUCUCAACUGCUCUAGGCACACCACCUUACUUUGCAGCCUUGGUUCUUGCAUUCCUCUCGAACCUGAUGGGAGGACUGACCCAUUACGGUAUCGGGUCUGCGCCUAUCUUCUACGGGGCUAACUACGUGCCGCUGGCCAAAUGGUGGGGCUACGGAUUCUUGAUAUCGAUAGUCAACAUUCUUAUCUGGCUUGGUGUAGGUGGUGCCUGGUGGAAGUUCAUUGGCUUGUGGUGAGGACAACUGUACACCAUUGAUCUCAUUCUUUUCUUUACUGAUAUGUAAUCUCUUAGAAUGGCUUCGAGAUUAGAUUGAUAAGGAACAAGGAUUUUAAGAGUUUGAGCUGGUGAUUUUCUGCGAUAAUUUAUUCUCUCGCACACAUUUUGAGUUAUAAGCAGAUCUUAACUUGCAUCA